AAAAAAAUCUUAUGAAUUAUGAGAAACUAGGUUGAACUUGAACCUUCUUCUAGUAGAAUGUGAUUAAAACAUACUUCAUAUUGGUUAGCGUAGAUUUUGUUUGCGGUAAUUAGUUUCCUCACUUUUCCUGAACUCUUACAUGCACCUAUAAUGGAAAUUGACAACCUAGAUGUAUACCUGAUUGUGUGAGCUUUCUCCACUCCCUGCCAAUGACAAUUAUGUUAGAAAGAAAAAGCUAUUCUAAUCCAAAGAAAGAGAGACGGCUGAUAUUUCAUUGAGUUCGACAGGAAAAAGCCCACGGAAGAACUCCCCCUUAACAGUUCCUGAUGGCUGCAUUUGAUGAGCUGAAUUUGUAUGCUAUUGAGACAUCGUUGCAUUGUCUUCCCAAUUUGUCUCUAUAGGGUGUUUUGAAGACCAUGCAACAUGGCCUUCACAUGGUUAAAUCAUUUGGAUUUGGUCACCAUCUUCUGAAGAAGAAUGCUAUUUCAUGAUUACCUAUUAUGGUCUCUGCCUCUUAUUGACAAUGAUGGCUUAUCCUUUGAAUAAUAUACAUCUGUGUUUUCGUUUUCAUUCACUGAACAUGGGAAGUUGCCUUUAAGAGCUUACCCCCUUGUUGAUAGUGUCUUAGUCAGAUGAGCUAUUGCUAUGGGAUGACUUGGAAGUAGUUCCAAGCUUCGGUGUUUGGUGAUAUAUCUUAAUAAUAGGAGUUCUGUUUGCUGUCUUUUGUGCAGGUGGUUGGGUGCCAUGGAAUAUGAAAGAAAACGAAAGGGGAGCAGGGAAGACAGAUUGGCUGCCCAUAUGGGCUUUAAAGAACCACAUCCAAACUAUUUCUCAAGAAGAAAUACUUUUAAGAUAUGGCCAUCAAGAAGUCAUCAAACAAAGGACUUCCUCAAACAGCAGCUCUGAAGCAGAUUCUGAAAAGAUGUUCAAGUUUCGGGAAGAAGCAAGGAUACGAACAGCUUCCAGACGAUGUACCGAAAGGUCACUUUGUCGUCUACGUCGGAGAGAACAGAAGCAGAUACAUUAUCCCAAUCUCUUGGUUGAAUCAUCCAGAGUUCCAGACUCUACUUCAAAGUGCAGAAGAGGAGUUUGGGUUUAAUCCUGACAUGGGUCUUACUAUCCCUUGUCAAGAAGUCGUUUUUCGCUCUCUAACAGCGACGAUCAGAUGAAGCAAGAUACCAUUAUAUCUGACAGACUCUUUGAUAUUCUUCAAAACACCUCUAGUUAAUUAACUAGAUUUGAUCAUUCACCCUUAACCCCAACACCAAAAAAAGAAAAGAUGGUGUUGGUUGUUUGUAUAAUUGUAUAUGUACAUUGCUUUAUUUUCAUGGAGGUUCUUUUCCUAGCAUUAGCUAGCAGCAGUGCUAGUUUGGUCCUUGGGACAUAAGUGAAAGAAAAACUCUUGCUUUUGCUUGUAUGCUGUAGUCUUGGACACAAACUAGUGAUGCCUAAGUUGUAAUGAAGAACUUUAAUCAGAAUUAAUAAUGUGUUUCCAUGAAUUGGUGUGAAUACUACAUAGACGUGCUUAAUCAACUCACUCGUGCUUAACUCCGAGGGUUGGCUAAGUUGGUUCAAACUCACGAGUCUUAGGUUAUAGUGAGGUAC